GCUCAUAUAGCCUACAGAUUCUUCGAAGCUCAAGCGAGCUCUGAAAACAAGUGAGCUGCAUAACUUCAUGUGGAGUCCAGUUUCCUUCCUCAGGAAAAAGAAAGUGAUUACAGCAAGAAACACUCCCAUUUCCCCUGCACAGUAGCUCCACACGCAAGCCUAACUUUUAAGCUCGCAACACUUCAACUCUCUUCCUUUGAGUGGAGCACAAAAAGAAGAUAACAAUGUUUUCCAGGGUAAAACUGCUUCUGACUGCCCUCAUUUUCACAGCCUUCUACAGCAACAUAAAUGUUCUGGUCGGGAGUGUGAAGCUGCUGGACAUGUCCCACAGUGUCGUGGAUGACAUGUAUGAAGGAUGCAGAGAAAAAGCCAUGGAGACCGUCAUUCACUCAGGCCUGCUAAGGAAAGAGCUUGAUAAUAGCGAGAAAUUCCAGAAAGCAUGGAAUGCAAGUACCCAAUGUUCAUUUAUGAUCCCCGGAGGAAUCAAGGAACAUACUGCUGCCCUUUCAGCCUUUUACCAUGGAGAUAAACAGUUCAUAAGAGAUGUGAACACUCAAGUGGAGACGAUGGGAGACAAUCUCGCCGACUUUCAAUUCAAGUCAUUUCAUUUUCUUCUCAUGGAUGCUCUGAUGCUGUUUAAGCCACACAAGUGCAAGACUGGCUUUGCUAUUGUUGAUGACUUGAAAAUACCAAAAGUAGGCUCAGCAGUGAGACUAGCAGGUUUCACAAUGGUGGACACAGACGAAGAACUACUGGGUGACCUGGAGGACUCGAUCGUCCUCAAAAUCAAGUCUUGUUACUUUGUCAACUUGGAGGAAAGCAUUUGUAGGAACAAUGUUGAUCAGAUGCUUUUGUCUCCAUCUGAAGUUUUCAUUGUGGAGAAAGUCGAUCAAAUUAGCAUUGAGGACGCAAACUACGUCGAGGUUGUGUUAGGACACUCAUCUCUGAACAGCACACACAAUUGUUUGAUGUUUCCAAGGGAUGCACCCGUCUCCUCUGCUCACAUGCUCGUUCCUCUCAUCACGGUCUACUCCCUUUUUUCUGCAAUGCUUUAAAAAACAAAAUGCUGACAGGGGGAUUAUGUAAUCAGCUACUGAAAAGUAAUUCUGGUUUUCCUACCUGUCAUUUAAAAUUUGUCUGACCACUUCUUUUAUUUUAAUAUAACUAAAAUGAAAAUUUGUUAUUUUGCAACUAAAAUGUGUUUUAUGAAGUGUAGUCUUUAAAAUUAAUAUUUGUAGAGCAAUAAAAUGAGCCAAUGCUUGGACUGUA